AUGUCCGAUUCACGCCCCGACGAGCCGACCCAGCAGUCGGCUCCCCUACGUCGAGAGCGCGCGCCAACAAUCACAAUAGAUACCUCGGCCGUGAACUCCCCGGAUCCCUUCCAACCCCCAGCUCAUGUCGCCGGAGCUCAUCCCUCCAUCCAGACCUACACGGAGAAUGCUCACAGCGACACAAGCGCCCUGUUAAAUAACGGCAGCGUCUCUCCCACAGACAUGAGGUCUCCAGCCUCCCUCCGCUCGAAUGCCUCGUCCGAAGGUCGAGAUCCCGAGAAUCGCCCAACAUCCCCACACAACAUCUCCUCGCCCAAGACCAAGGUGCCCGAGACACACUCGAACUUCCUCUCCGUGCCCGGAGCCCGGUCCCGAGGCAACUCCCUCGAGUCAGAAGACACAAGCCAGACAUCGAGCACGUACGGCGGCGAGACCUAUGUGACUUCCACAUCGCAAGGUUCACGGGCGGACCUGAUCAAGAACCACAGUGUCGACGAGGAAGACGCGCUGAACCCAGACCCCGGCCGCGAAUCCGAGUUCGAGGUCGAAGAUAACAAGUUUGCUUUCUCACCAGGCCAGCUGAACAAGCUGCUCAAUCCGAAGAGCUUUGGCGCCUUCCGUGCGCUGGGUGGCUUGCGCGGUCUGGAAAAGGGGCUGCGGACUGAUGUCCGGAGUGGGCUGAGCGUGGAUGAGACAAUCCUGGACGGCUCGGUUAGCUUCGACACCGCGGUCUCACCUGAGCAGACGCCCAAAUAUCUUUCGUCGACUCAGACACCACCGGCUGUUACCGAGGGUUCGGUUGUAACGGCUGGUGGUGAGGAUCAUGUCGAUCGACGACGCAUAUUCGGUGAUAAUAAGCUGCCAGAGCGGAAAUUGAAGUCUAUCUGGGAGCUUGCUUGGAUUGCGUACAAUGACAAGGUCUUGAUCUUGUUGACUGUUGCGGCUGUUAUCUCCCUUGCUGUGGGUAUUCCGCAGUCGCUUCAUCCAGCUAAUCCCGAUGAACCGGGUGUUGAAUGGGUGGAAGGUCUGGCCAUUUUGGUGGCUAUCAUUAUUGUUGUCACUGUUGGCGCUGCCAACGAUUGGCAAAAGGAGCGGCAAUUCGCGAAACUCAACAAGAAGAAGGAGAAUCGGCAGGUUAAGGUCACCCGAUCAGGCAAAAUCGAAGAAAUCUCGAUUCACAAUGUUUUGGUUGGCGAUGUGAUGCUUUUGGAACCGGGUGAUAUGGUCCCCGUCGACGGCAUUUUGAUCGAAGGUCAUGAUCUCAAGUGUGACGAAUCCUCGGCAACUGGUGAGUCUGACGUUCUACGAAAGACUCCUGGCGAAGAAGUGUAUCGGAUGAUUGAACACCACGAAAAUUUGAAAAAGAAGGAUCCUUUCAUCAUCUCCGGUGCCAAGGUGUCUGAAGGCGUUGGUACCUUCUUGGUUACUGCUACUGGAACGAACUCGACUCAUGGUCGGACAAUGAUGUCCCUCCAAGAGGAGGGCGAGACAACUCCUUUGCAAACUAAGCUCAACGUGUUGGCUGAGUAUAUCGCCAAACUUGGUCUCGCUUCUGGUCUCUUGCUCUUCGUGGUUCUGUUCAUCAAAUUUCUGGUCCGACUCAAGGAUAUCGAAGGCGGUGCAGAUGCCAAGGGUCAAGCCUUCUUACAAAUUUUCAUUGUCGCCGUUACUAUCGUCGUCGUUGCUGUGCCGGAGGGGUUGCCACUGGCUGUCACGCUCGCUCUCGCCUUUGCAACAACUCGAAUGAUCAAGGACAACAAUUUGGUUCGCUUCCUCAAAGCUUGUGAAACUAUGGGAGGUGCCACCACGAUUUGUUCUGAUAAAACGGGAACUUUGACGGAAAAUAAAAUGACGGCAGUAGCUGCAACAUUGGGUACUUCGUCGCGCUUUGGAAAGUACUCGGGUGUUUCACCGGAGGACUCCUCUGAGAUUUCCGCUCAAGAGUUUGUGUCUACGCUGUCUGAUUCUGUGAAAGAUGUUUUACUUCAGUCGAUUGUCUACAACUCCACCGCCUUCGAAGGCGAGGUUGAAGGUGUGAAGACAUUUAUUGGUUCCAAGACAGAGACCGCUCUCUUGACUUUUGCCAGAGACUACCUUGGAAUGGGGGUUCUUGGCGAAUUCAAAGCAAAUGGCAAGAUGGUGCAGAUGUACCCAUUCGAUUCUGGACGGAAAUGCAUGGCAGUAGUGAUGCAGCUGGCGAAUGGCAAAUACCGAAUGCUCGUCAAGGGCGCUGCUGAAAUCCUGAUCUCUCACUCGACUCGCAUCGUCCGUGAUCCUACUGAUACUCUGUCCGAGGCUCCUCUCUCGGAGGAGAACAAGACUACCUUGGAUACCAUCAUGACCAACUACGCCUCUCGUUCUCUCCGCUGCAUUGCCCUUGUUUACCGUGACUUCGAGCAAUGGCCACCUCGUGGAGCCCCGACCUCGGAAACCGACCGUAACCAGGCUCUCUUUGAACCUAUCUUCAAGGAUAUGGCAGUGCUAGGUAUCUAUGGUAUUCAGGAUCCUCUCCGAGCAGGUGUCUCCGAGGCCGUGCACAGAUGCCAGCGUGCUGGUGUGUUUGUCCGCAUGGUCACUGGUGACAACAUCAUGACUGCCAAGGCUAUUGCCCAGGAGUGUGGUAUCUACACGUCUGGCGGUAUCGCAAUUGAAGGACCCAAGUUCCGCAAGCUGAGCACGCGCCAAAUGAAUCAGAUCAUUCCCAGACUCCAGGUCAUCGCCCGGUCCAGUCCAGAGGAUAAGAAGAUUCUGGUUAACCAGCUCAAGAAACUUGGCGAGACUGUUGCCGUUACUGGUGAUGGAACCAACGAUGCUCAAGCUCUCAAGAAUGCCGAUGUCGGUUUUGCUAUGGGUAUCACUGGUACUGAAGUUGCCAAGGAGGCCUCUGAUAUUAUUCUCAUGGAUGAUAACUUUGCUUCUAUCGUCAAGGCCAUGGCUUGGGGUCGUACUGUCAGCGAUGCUGUCAAGAAGUUCCUUCAGUUCCAGAUUACUGUUAACAUCACUGCUGUUAUCCUUACAUUCGUCUCUGCUGUUGCUAGCGACAAUGAGGAUUCCGUGCUUAGUGCAGUCCAGCUGUUGUGGGUUAACUUGAUUAUGGAUACUUUUGCUGCUCUUGCUUUGGCUACGGAUCCUCCAACACCGACUGUGCUCGACCGCAGACCGGAAUCGAAAUCCGACCCGCUUAUUACUCUGACCAUGUGGAAGAUGAUCAUCGGACAGUCCAUCUACCAACUUGUUGUGACGUUCGUUCUGAACUUUGCUGGAGACACGAUUUUCUCUUGGGAUCAUGACCAUAUGCAGACUGUGGUUUUCAACACCUUCGUCUUCAUGCAGAUUUUCAACCAGUACAAUUCCCGUCGCAUUGACAACAACUUCAACAUUAUGGAGCGUGUCUGGAAAAACAAAUGGUUCAUCGGUAUCCAGCUGAUCAUCAUCGGAGGCCAAGUCCUAAUCAUCUUCGUCGGUGGCGCCGCCUUCUCUGUCAAGCGACUCGACCAAGGCUCCCAGUGGGCCGUCAGUCUCGUCCUUGGCGCCAUCUCUCUCCCCAUCGCCGUGAUUAUCCGUCUGAUUCCAGACGAAUUCAUCAGCCGACUUAUCCCCCACUUCUGGUCCCGCAACAAGAGCCCCGAACUAGUCGUCUCUGACGAAGACCGCCACUACGAAUGGAACCCAGCCCUGGAAGAAAUUCGUGACCAACUCGCAUUCAUCAAGCGCGUCCGCGGCGGCCGUCUCCGCCACAUACGCCACAAGCUGCAACACCCCCAGGAACUCCUCCCCCGGUCCCGCAGUGGCUCCCGUUCCAGAGACUCAUCCUCGUCUCCCCCAACACCAAACGGCGACAACGACAAUGGCAGCCCAACACCGCAACCCCUCACCCCAGAGUCCCGCUCCAGACGCAACACCCGCUCCCGCUCAAACUCGACCUUCGGCCCCGCCGCCGCAAUGGCCGGUAUCGUUGCAGGCAGUAUUGCAGGAUGGUCUCCUAUCGAGCGUGGACAUGGCGAAGCUGACUCGAUCACUUUUCCAACUACGGGUGGGCCCCAUGGUGGUUUGGACAGAGAGCCUGGCAUUGAAGUGCAUCCCGAUACAGAUGCCAAUGACCAGCUCUUGAAUGAAUACUCUGCCACCUCCAAAAUCCCGCCUAGUCAGAAUCCGGAUCUUACUCCGUUCUUUGAACAUGCGCCGCCGGAACGGGCUCCUUCUAGCCGUGGUCGUCGCUCGCUGUCUCAGCGGUCGAGAUCUAGUCACAGCCAGUCGCAGGUGUAA